UUGCAAGGGAGUACGAAAGUGGGCGCGGGCUGUCUAGUACCUCGGUUUGCCGUGCCGCAGCAUGACCCAGUCGGUGGUCGUACAGGUCGGCCAGUGCGGAAACCAGAUCGGCUGCUGCUUCUGGGAUCUGGCGCUGAGGGAGCAUGCCGCGGUCAACCAGAAAGGAAUUUAUGACGAGGCAAUAAGCAGCUUCUUUAGAAAUGUGGAUACCAGAGUGGUUGGUGAUGGUGGCAGUAUUUCCAAGGGGAAAAUUUGUUCUUUGAAAGCACGAGCUGUCUUGAUUGACAUGGAGGAAGGGGUAGUAAAUGAAAUUCUGCAGGGACCAUUGAGAGAUGUGUUUGAUAGCAAGCAGCUCAUCACUGAUAUUUCUGGCUCAGGCAAUAAUUGGGCUGUGGGGUACAAAGUUUUUGGCAGUCUUUAUCAAGAACAGAUUUUAGAGAAACUCAGAAAGUCGGCAGAGCACUGUGAUUGUUUGCAGUGUUUUUUUAUAAUACAUUCCAUGGGAGGAGGAACAGGAUCUGGACUUGGCACAUUUCUUUUAAAGUUGCUUGAGGAUGAAUUCCCAGAAGUAUACAGAUUCGUGACAUCAGUUUAUCCUUCUGGUGAGGAUGAUGUCAUAACCUCACCUUACAAUAGCAUCUUGGCAAUGAAGGAACUUAAUGAGCAUGCAGACUGUGUGUUGCCCAUUGACAACCAAUCUUUAUUUGACAUCAUUAGCAAAAUUGACCUCAUGGUGAAUUCUGGAAAGUUGGGCACAACUAUAAAGCCAAAGAGUCUGGUUACUUCAAGUGCUGGGGCUGUCAAAAAGUGGCACCAGAGGCCCUUUGAUGCAAUGAACAACAUUGUGGCCAAUUUGCUGCUGAACCUAACAAGCUCUGCAAGGUUUGAAGGGUCCCUUAAUAUGGACCUUAAUGAAAUCAGCAUGAAUUUAGUCCCUUUUCCUCAACUGCAUUAUCUUGUGUCAAGCCUAACACCUCUAUAUACACUGGCAGAUGUUAACAUUCCUACCCGAAGGUUGGAUCAGAUGUUUUCAGAUGCCUUUAGUAAAGAUCACCAGCUAAUUCGGGCUGACCCCAAACAUAGUCUCUACCUCGCCUGUGCCCUUAUGGUUAGAGGAAAUGUACAGGUUUCAGAUCUUCGCAGAAAUAUUGAAAGAUUAAAACCUUCUCUACAGUUUGUCUCCUGGAAUCAAGAAGGCUGGAAAACCAGCCUGUGUUCAGUCCCUCCUGUGGGCCAUUCCCAUUCAUUAUUAGCUCUAGCAAAUAACACAUGCGUGAAGCCUACCUUCAUGGAACUGAAAGAGAGAUUCAUGAGGCUCUACAAGAAAAAGGCUCAUCUUCAUCACUAUCUACAAAUUGAAGGGAUGGAAGAAAGCGGUUUCAUGGAAGCUGUGUCAUCUUUAUCAGGGCUCAUAGAGGAAUACAACCAACUGGAUGCCACGAAAAGCAUGCCUGUGGAAGAUUUUCCUAGACUAAGCAUAGCUGUGUAAAAAAGAAACCCCAAGAUACAACUUUUACUUUUCUUAAUUUUACACUGGAAUUUGUCACCUUUUCUUUCUGUUUCAGAAUUUUUGUGAUUCAGAAAACCCAGUUUGCACUUUUCCUAUUAGAAAGCAUUUUUGUCUUAAAAAAAAAAAAAGUGAUUUUCAUUUCAUCACAAUUUGUGGGUGAUACCAGUCUGUGAAAUUAGUGAAGUCCUACUACCUUAACUUCAAACAUAUGUCUUCAAUAAAAAUCUUAUAAGGUAUAUUUUUAUAUUUAUUUAUAAUUUAUUUUUUCAUAUUCUGUUUAAAUUCUCCUGAUUUUUUAAAAGCAAGUACAGGUUUUAUUACAACUAUGAAGGAGGUUUUGUUUCUUCUUUGGGUAACCACAUGUUUGCACUCAAAAGAAUGAAAAUUUACACUUUAACAUUUAUAUGUAUUAAGUUAUCUUUAAAUAUAAUGCUUUUUUAUUAAACCAGUUGAUUUCAUAAUAAUAAAUGUCCAUAUUUUUAAACAGUAAUGCUUGUUAUUGGUUUUGCUUGUCACCAUUUAUAUAAGCAAACAGAACAUUACUUGGCUUGACAUCUUCCAAACUCCACGGGAAAAUGGCUAUAAUAGUCUAGUGAACAUGUUCCAGUUAUUAUACUCUCCAGUUAUAGUUAACAUUAAUUUAUCUUUAAAUACAAUUUAUAUUUUAAAUCCAUAGGUGGAUUUAUCACUUAAGGAAGUGAUUGUUAGGAACAAUUUAUUCUCAAGCCAAAAUAAUCUGUGCUUUCUUUAGUGCUAAGUUUUUAAGUUUCUUUCCUUUUCAAAGUAAGGA